AUGAGCAGGCUGGGUACAAAGGCGUCACUGUCGACUCGUUUUACUGCUCAAGAUGACCAGCUAACCUCAGCACUGAUACAUGGUGACUCUAUGUACUCUACUGGCUCUUUGCUCAAAAAGGACAUCCAUGACCUUCUGAAAGAAGCAAAGGCUUCUAGUUCGCAGUUUUUGCCCGAAAAUAACCACCUGAACCCACCAGACGAGCCUGAAGAGCCGCUCUAUCACUUACCAUUUCAUCCAGCUAAGGAAACGGGUUACUUGGGUGACCUUUCGCAGAUAUUCGGGGAGUUCGACCCUAAUUUCACCUCCAAAAACCGCGCUAAAUGUGAUGAUGCUUUAAUCCUAUUGUUGUUCAACAAAACGCAGGUUUUCCUUUUGAGAAAUGGUUUCUCUUUAGAUUUCCUGAUGAUUUUAAAGAGAUUUGUCGAGUUACUUGUUGAAGAAGGGUUGAACCCAUUGGAAAACGAAUCUUUGUUGGAGUUGCAGAACGAGCUGGAAAAAGGUUGGGAAAUCACACCAAGUUUUGUUGCAUUGUUGGAUACAUUUAUGAUGAACCCCAAGAACAUCUACAUUGCACUCGCCCUGUUCGAGUUUAAAAGCAAGAGACAUUCAUUAAAGAUUAAUUUUACAAGAUGGAAAUUGCAAACUGAGCUUGAAUUGAACUUGAGGCAACUCACUGAUAUAUGGAACUCGUAUAUCAAGCAAAAACAUUUGCAAAGAUGGGAGAACACCUAUCGCUUCAGGUCUGAAGAUCUUAAAGGAGAGGCCGAUAGUUUUUAUAAUUUCAAGAGCCUUUCCAAUGCUACAGAUAAGUGGAUGAAGCGUAUGGAUGAGCAAAAAAUUAAGCAAGAGUUAGCCGAUGCUUUUUUAAUUCAAAAAGAAUUCAAGACUAUUCAAAAGGCCUAUACUUUGCAAAUAAGAUCUCGUGAACUUGCACUUCGAGCGCACUCGAAAAGCUGCUUGGGCCGUUUUUUUACGACAUGGAGGCUAGCUGCUCGUCUAAAGGAGACUAGACGACAGCUAAGUGCUCCUACCGAGGGCCUCUUUUUCAGGAAAUUUCGACAGAAGUAUCGAAACUUAGAUUCCCUAAGUGAUAAAGCUCGUAUUCUUGAGAAGAGCCUAGUUUUGAGCCCUAUAUUAAUCCUCUGGAAGGAACGUUUGAUUCAAAGGGUAGAAAAAACAAAACACCUUGAAAUUCUUGAACUCAUUUUUCAGCGGAAAAUGGCACUAAAAGUGCUGAAAUCUGCAUUCACAUGGAAAGAAAGAGAGGCAGCUGCCAAAGAGUCGAUCCACUUCACCCUUCUAAAAUAUUUCUUUUGUGACGUCUGGCGUAAGAGAUUGAAUGAGAGACAGCUCUUUAGCGAGCACACUCUCAGACAAGAUGCUUUACUCUGUUGUAAGUACUGCACGCUAUGGCGGAACCGUGUUAUGGUAAAAAAGAAGGCAAACGAUCAUUAUCAAAGAGCUAUGAGUCAAAAGUAUUUCGAACUUUUUCAGCUAAAAUGUGCGUACUCCAGGAAUGAGAGGCGAAAGCGUGAAAGUUCUACUCGACUUAUUUUUGAGCGUUGGCAAAGAGCUACAGAGCUGAACCUGCAGCUUAAAGCGUAUGAAUCAAAUUUUUUAAGGCUGUUCUGGCGGCAUGAAUGGAAACGGAAAUACGCAAACUUUAACGACCUGACGAGUAUCACAAUAAAAUGUCACAACUCCCUAGUAGUGAAACAGUAUUUCUUCCGCUGGGCCAAAAAGAAGGAAAACUACGAAACUCUCAGAUCCAAAGCUUUCCUCUUUGCGAAAACCAGGGUGAUCACUAAAAUGAGGCUUGUUGCUCAGCGCGUGAAAAAGCUAGAUGCAGUUGCGAGAAAAUACCGAACUGAGUCAGAUGCUGAGUGUAAACGGAGAUAUAUGACUUUAUGGCUGGCUAGUUUGAAGGUUCAGAUGAGGCUGAAGCAUGAGAUACUUCUGGACCAAUACUCAUCUUUGACAGGCCAGGUCCUUAUUGUGCGAUACCUAAAAGUGUGGAGAACAAGGACUCGGUAUUUGAGGACAGAGUGUGAAGAAGCUGCGGAUCGCCUGAGAUAUGAAAGUUUAGUAGGCAUGAUGUUCCGCAAAGCUCUCGAUAAAAUGCGUACGUAUGAACAAUGGAACUCCGUUUCCGAAGAACUGAACCUCCAAUCUGUGCUUUUGAACCAUUUCAAUAUUUUCAAACAGAGCUACGCAGAGCUCAAGCAAAUGAGUGAAUAUCUCGAAAGAAUCAGAGCGGAGAAAGACCUUACCGCUCUUGUCAAAUGUAUGAAUAUGUGGACAAUGAAACAGCUAAAAUGUACCCGAAAUAUCGAAACUGUUGAAAUAUUCCGAAACCGGUGGAACAGGGCCAGUCUGAGGGCAAUUAUGCUGCUAUGGAAAGAAAAAGCCGAAACAGUGAACACAAGUUCUGCAACAAAAUUACGCCAUGAACUAUAUGAAGGCGGUGAUAAAGUUGAAGACCAAUCUCUAGUGACUCCAACCCGAAUAAAGAAGAGCGGAAAUAUAACUAUACCGGGUUCAGAGAGAAUGAAGCAAAAUCGCAUGGAAGCGAUGAGGAAUCACUAUCGGCGCGCUAGAAAAGCAAUUCCGAGCCCCAUCAAGUUUUCAGAUAAUUUAGACACCAUCACAAAAAAACGCCUUGAAAUUGGAGAUAGAGAAAGUUCCGAGCCCUCUCCUCCUCCAAAGCUGGACCUCGGAAAGAUCAAUAAGAAACUUGCAUCUCGGCAUACAAAAAUUAGCUUCAAAACCAUUCCUGAGACAAAGUUCAGUAUGGAAGCAUCACCAGAGAGACCCCCGAGACUAGUUGUCGACCCUUCCUUUUUGAGCAGCCGUCCUGACGAGGUCGACAGUUCCCCAAGCAUUAGAUAA